CAAACGCCGCCCCGCAGUCGGCGACGAAUCAGAAGCGCACGCGUCGCAUCACGUGCCGCCGCGGGAUCCAAUCAAAACGCGCCACACAGCGGGCCCGCCACUCUUCCUGCCGCCGCCGUCGUCCGCUGCCGCCAGCCCCGAGCCGCCAGUCCCGGUGCCCGCCACGGUCCCCGCCAUGGUCCCCGCCGCCGCCGCCUCCUCUCUCGUCGCCCUGCUCGCGCUGCUCGCCACGGCGAGCGCCAGCGAUGUGCUCGACCUCACCGACGCCGAUUUCGCGUCCAAAGUGGCCGGCCACGACAUGGUGCUCGUUGAGUUCUUCGCGCCCUGGUGCGGUCACUGCAAGCGACUUGCCCCCGAGUACGAGAAGGCUGCCACCAAGCUGAAGAACACGGUCGCGCUGGCCAAGGUGGAUUGCACCGCCAACACGGAAACGUGUAACAAGUUUGGAGUGAGUGGCUACCCCACUCUGAAGAUAUUCCGUGACGGCGAGCUGUCCAGCGACUAUGAUGGCCCCCGGACUGCUGAUGGGAUCGUUGGCUUCCUGAAGAAGCAAGCCGGCCCCAGCUCUGUGGAACUGAAGACUGUCGAGGACUUGGAGAAAUUUGUUGGCGAUAACGACCCCAGCAUUGUUGGAUUUUUCAAGGAUGCGAGCAGCGAUGCACAGACGGAGUUCAUGAAGGUGGCGAGCUCACAGAGAGAUAACUACCGCUUCGCUCACAGCAACGUACAGGCCGUAUUGGACAAGCAGGGUGCUGAAGAGGCGAUCGUGGUGUUUCGACCGCUUCGCCUCGCUAGCAAGUUCGAGGAGACGCAGGUGACGUAUGCCGAGGACUCCUACAGCUCUGCCAAGAUCAAGGCCUUCAUCCAGGACAACAUUCUGGGCAUCUGCCCACACCUUACGGAUGACAACAAGGACCUGUUUAAGGGCAAGGACCUGCUGGUGGCUUAUUAUGACGUCGACUAUACCAAGAACCCCAAGGGCUCCAACUACUGGAGGAACAGGGUCAUGAAGGUGGCGAAAAAGUUCAUCGAGGAGGGCCACACCUUGAGCUACGCCAUCGCCAACCACAAGGACUUUGGGCAGCAGCUGUCCGACUACGGGCUGGAGCACGUGAGUGGGGACGUGCCCGUGGUUGCCAUCAAGAAGAGCAACGGCGACAAAUACAUCCUGCGCGAGGAGUUCACGCGUGAUGGAAAGUCUCUUGAAAACUUCCUGCAGGAUUACUUCGAUGGAAAACUCAAGAAGCACCUCAAGUCUGAGCCCAUCCCCGAGGACAAUGAUGGCCCUGUGAAGGUGGUGGUGGCCGAGAUAUUUGACGAGCUGGUGAACGACGAGAGCAAAGACGUGCUGAUUGAGUUCUACGCGCCAUGGUGCGGACACUGCAAGAACCUGGAGCCCAAGUACCUGGAGCUCGCCGAUAAGCUCAAGAACGACCCCAACAUCCUCAUCGCCAAGAUGGACGCCACAGCGAAUGACGUUCCGGCUCAGUAUGAUGUCAGAGGGUUCCCAACUAUAUACUUCUCCCCGAUGGGUAGCAAGGACAGCCCCAAGAAAUACGAGGGCGGCCGCGAGGUGAGCGACUUCAUCAGCUACUUGAAGCGGGAGGCGACCAAGAAGCCCGUGGUCGUGGAAGAGAAGAAGGAGAAAAAGAAGUCCGAUGAUGAGCUUUAAGGUGGCCGUGUAGGGUGGGUGGGGGUCCGGGAGGGGGGGGCAGCACUUGUUCAUGGGGAUGGGUUUUGCAUGUUGCUUUUUUUAUGAAAAGCAACAACAUUUAGUUAUUUCUUUUUUUGGACCAGUCCCCCGCAGCGUUCACGGCACAUUACCAGACACUGCGAGUUUUAUUUUGUAAGAUUUGUGUUGUGUUGUCUGUGAUAAUCCAAGGCCAGGCCUUAAAGCCUUUGGAUGUUUAUUUUGGUUACAUGAUGGGCAACUUCAUUGGCUCGCCUGCUGUGUAAAGCACUUGUUUCCCAGGACGGCCUGGCAAUUGUCAGUGCUGAACGCUGCAGCGAAGAUCUAAAAUUGGAGCACACUGAAAUGCGCAUGGUAGGGGAUGGCGUAAUUUUUUUACUAGCUGGGGUGGGGGUUGUAGUAUAAGAUUAAUAAAAUUGAACUUGCUACGAUCUUCCCUUAACCUUGCCAAGAAAAUGACUGCAAGAAAUGUUGGUUUCAGAAUCCCUGUUUGCGUUUUAUCCCCUGCUGUUCGGUGCAUGUUUUUAAACCCACAAUUAUCUAAAUCACCACUAGUGCUGGAGUCUAGGAGAUGUUACUGUGCCACGGAGAAAUUUCAUCCCUUGUCAGCGCAGCGCUCUUCAAAAUACUGUCAUCUCCUCAUACUGUUGUCGUCUCAUACUGUCUUGUCUACAGUUCUCGUUGGGUGACGCUGGGCUUUGGGGUGUUGCAUUUCUUUGUGCGGUGUGGUGGGUGACCGUUGAGAUUUGGACGCCUGUGACGGUUAACUCGAAGCGAAAUUGCUUUGGGAACAGGUUUUCCACAAAUGUGAAGAAUCCACCGCCAAUUUCAAACUGCAGUGUAACUCAUUGUAACGAUCAUGCAUAUAAUUACAGAACAAUAUAUUUGGCUUUGUUAAUCCACCCAAGCCCAUCUGAUAUUGUUUUAAUGAGAGGGUGGGAAGGCUUACCGUGGUGCAAACGUCUUGUGCUGCUAAUGCCAAGAAUCCAAGUGGCUUCUUGGCAUGACUUGCCAGCCCCUAAAGGAAAUAUUGUCGAUGCACUGCUCUGGGAUACAGGUGCGAUGCGGGCAUUUAGUGGUUCCAAAACUCUGCGCAAAUGUUUUCAACAAUUCAAAUUCGCACCAACAGUAUUCCAUCAUGGGUGUGAAACCUGCUUUUGAGAGUGUGGCCUGUUUUAGUGCCCUUUAACAGAUGUUUCACUGCCACUUAAUGCCUUACAACUUCAUUUACCCCCCAAACAAGACCCGAGAAAUUCCUUUAUUUCGAUUUCGACGCUGUAAAUUGGAGGCGGGGAGGAUUGAAAUUCCUUUACAUUGAAAGCUGAGUGGAGUGGUUGCAUUCCUGUUUUCACGAUAGCUCUGGCUUGAGGGAGUUGUGCAGGUUUGCAGUGUGGAUGUUCUCUGGGCGAGGCUUCAAAAUAAAAUGAACAAUGUGUGCGUUGCACUGACGUGAACCAGAGAGUGUGCCCUCAAUAUUCCAUGUGUGGGAAUGUGUUUUUUUUGUACAGCAUCGUUCGUUUAAAUUUCACACGGAUUCCCAGGUGCUCAUUUACUAUCGGUCAAGUUUUACACGCGAAACAAUAUCCACAAAUAUGGGGUCCUGAGAAAAAUACGUUUAGUUUUCACUGCAUCUGUUUCCUAAAAUAAUACACGUACGACUUGACAUUAUAGCUUGCAAAACACAAUUGGGAGUGAAAAGGUUUACACAGUUAAAACAAUAUGGGAAGUUCCUCCAGAAUCCACUCCCCUUUGACCAUGAACACACGGUGCUCUGCUAUACAACAUCUUGACGAUGAACACUGCUGUGUAUGCCAUCUUGUUCACUACUGUUUACAACACUAUGCUGUACCAUAUACAACAUCUUCACUAUGAACACUGCUGUGUAUGCCGUCUUGUUCACUACCGUUUACAACACUGCUGUACCAUAUACAACAUCUUCACUAUGAACACUGCUGUGUAUGCCAUCUUGUUCACUACCGUUUACAACAACAUUGCUGUACCACAUUGUUCACCAUAAACAUGGUGGUCUGCUAUACAACAUUACUACCAUGGACGCAUGCUGUUAUGCUGCACGCCAUCUUUGCGCACUACGUUUUAUUAUUUUGACUUAACUUAAACUUUCACGAUGUGUUGAUCGCUGCAAGGGAAGUGUUUCUACGGCACUUAAAUCCUUAAGGAAUAUAUAAUAUGGAAUUCUUAAGGAUUCUUGAAAUUACAACAUGUGUCUGUUGGGGGCGCAAGAGGCACGUCUAACCAGAUGUGGAUUUCUUUAGAACAUCGAGUCUUUCAAACUGACAUCCUUGAGCAAAUAAGUAGUAUGGCAACAAACGCGUGAGUUUCAGUUUAUACUUUAAUUCAAAGGUACGAUUCGGGGGGGGGGAAAUGAUUAAAAAAAAAAUGCGCGCCCAACGUGGGGCUCGAACCCACGACCCUGAGAUUAAGAGUCUCAUGCUCUACCGACUGAGCUAGCCGGGCAGUUAGAGAUCCGCGUGGUUCAAUGUGGUGAAGUUAUUUAUCAUCGGUGCGAAGGUGGCUGAAAUGUAGACUUGUUUAGUGUAAAUUACCACCAUAUUUAUGGAAUGUUUAAACACCAUGGCAGAUGCAUGAAUGUAGUGUUACCAUUGCUGCUGCAUUUGGACCUGCAUCUCGUGGCUGAGGUGCUGGCUUUAAAAAAGAAACGCUUGUUUGCGGCAAACCUGGCUCUGAUGAAGGGAUAUUCUGCUUUAUUGAUUAAUUAACAUUGUGCCGAAUAGAAACUAGACCUCGCAAUUCACGCCCAAUAUAUAAUUAACAAUAGUUUUUUUGACGUUGGAUCGUGAAGGUAUAAUGUGAAUGUUUAACCGUGACAAUUUUCACCAAUAAACAGAUUUACUUGA